GAGCGUGUGGAUAAGCCUCUCUCGGACAAAGAAAAGGAAAAAACACAGGAAAACCGAAGAAGUACAGUUAAAGCAAACCAUAAUCAGAAGCGAAAAUGGAGGUGGGUAUGUCCCUGAACGCCGUGGUUUGUCUUCCGUUAUCGAAAUCUCGGACACUCGAAGAUGGCCUGGUCAGGCACUCGCUGUUCUCAACUCGGUCGACUCAGAGGCAAAAGCAAGAACAGAAGAGACAAAGAAAGACUCUGGUGGUUGAGGCGAAAGGCAAAAAGGGAAUGCAGGCUCGCCAGUUUCAGAGACCCCCGCCUCCUCCGAUGCCCAAGAUUGAAGACGACGGAAACCCACGUUUCGUUAUCUUCAUCCGUAUGGCCAAUGUUGGUUUUUGGUACCCGCUUAGUAUAAUAACGGGAGGCACAACUGCGAAAAUCAUGCUCGCAGCGAAAGAUAAUUUUCUGGGGAAGUACAUUUACAAAGAUACGCUUGAUAAAAAUCUUGCUGCAGUUAUAUACCGGGAUGAGAAGGAGAUACAGAAGUCAGCAUUUAAGCAGUUCAAAAUUUUGCGGAAUGCUACAGAAUUCAGAUAUGGCUACAAGAUUGUUGAAAAUGGCAAUUUGAAAGCAGCAGUUGCUACCAAUGAUGUUGUUGAGCUUCCAACACAAGAUAAGCUCAGGACAGUGUUGGACAAAGUGAAAGAUUUCUUCGGGGAUGCCAAGGAUUCUUUUGGGAAGAUGACAACGCUUAAUACAUCCGCAACUGAGGAGUCAGAAGAAAAGGCCAAGGUUAAAAGCUGAAGAUAGAGAACUGAUUUGAUUGACAUGUCGCAAUAGCCACUGUAUUUGGGAGAUGGAUCGGAUCAUUUGGUACUGCCCUCGGAAAGUUCGUUCACCCCAGUUUUGUUCAUAAAUAUCUGUCAUUUGCAAAGAAAGUUCUAUGCCUUUUGUCAGUGAUAUCAGUUUACUAAUUUCACCAGUUCCUAGACGUUUUUUUUUUUUCCCCCGUAAGAUAUGAGACUGCUGAAAUGGAGUAGAAUACAACAUGGUUUACAUGAAGCAACUGUUUCUUUUAGUC